AUGCACUGCGUGCAGGCCUGGUUGAAGCCCUUCAAGAAGGAGUUGGAGGUGGACCUGGACAGCGUGGUAAUCCUUGCGGAGGAGCGCUUCCAAUCGCGAGUGCGAUUGCCACUACAGCUGAUGACCAUCCAAGCGGGCUCCAGGAUUCAAGAGAAAUACCAGUAUCGCUUGACCAACGGCCUACUGAUCAGUAUCGCCGAGAGGUAUGGCAGCGCAGACUACGUGGCCAAGAAUGGCCCCGACGUGGCCAUUCAGCAGGCGACGCGAAAUGUGGCGGCCGCCCUGUUUGGCUUCUCCGAUGAUCCCAAUGUGCGAUACUUGCGGGCUUUGCCAGAGGACCUGGUCUCCAGCAUCUUGCAGAAGCACGGCCUCGACUGA